AGGGGGGUGGUGACAGGACACACAAGGGGGGGUUCUUGGCUGGGACAAAGGGACUGGGGGAGCCUCUGGUGUCCCCCCCCAAUUGUAUUGACAGCAAACGGUGCCCCUCCCUCCCCAGUGUUUACUGUCAACACCCCAAACUGGUCCCAACUGGGCCAAACUGGGCCCAGCCCCGCUCCCAUCACCCCUCCCCGUGCCUAUAAAAGUGGGGGUGGGGCCGCCCACCUGUCCCUCUCUGCUGUCACCCUCUGCUCGCGGGGUGUCCCCCCUGCUCCCCCCACCCACCAUGCUCUUCUGGCACGGCCAGCCCGACCACUACUGGUCCAGCCCUGGGGACAUGUACCCCCUGCCCAGUUCUGGGGUGCUCAGGUACCCCCCAAAUCCGCUGGGUUCGGGGAAACUGAGGCACGGCCGAGCUCCCACCCUUUCCGGGGGGUGUUUUCCCGCAGGGACCCCCCGGUCCUGCCCUACCUGAAGCAGGAGGAGCCCAACGGCAUCUCCACAUCGCAGCCGCAGCUCCCGGCCUUCCAGUACGUCCUGUGUGCCCCGACCUCCCCGGCCGUGCGGCACCACGAGGAGACCCUCACCUACCUCAACCAGGGGCAGUCGUACGAGAUCCGCAUGAUGGGAACGGCCCGGGGGGACCCGGCCGAGGGCCACAGGAUGGUCAAGAGCGUGGUCCGGGUGGUUUUCCACGACCGGCGCCUCCAGUACUCGGAGCAGCAGCAGCUCGAGGGCUGGCGCUGGAGCCGCCCGGGCGACCGGAUCCUGGAAAUCGACAUCCCGCUCUCCGUCGGGAUCCUGGAACCCCAAAUCCACCCCACGCUGCUCAACACGGUGGAAUUCCUCUGGGACCCCUCCCGACGCACAUCCGUGUUCGUGCAGGUUCACUGCAUCAGCACCGAGUUCACGCUGCGGAAGAACGGGGGGGAGAAGGGGGUUCCCUUCCGCAUCCAGAUCGACACCUUCGGGGCGGGGGGCAAGGGGGACCCCCCCGAGCACCUGCACUCCGCCAGCUGCCUGGUCAAGGUGUUCAAGCCCAAGGGGGCCGAUAGGAAGCAGAAGACGGACCGGGAGAAGGUGGAGAAGCAGCCGGCGGCGGAGCGGGAGAAAUUCCAGCCGGCCUACGAGAGCACCGUGCUGGCCGAGUGCCCCCCGUGGCCGGACGUGCUGGGUGCCCCCCACAGCCCCCCGGGCACCCCGGGGCUGCCGUCCCCGCACCCCUUCAAGCUGCUGAGCCCCGAGAGGGUGUGCGUGUCACCCGCCUGCGCUGCCGAGGGCCCCGCGGAGAGUCCUGGCGAGGCGCUGAGCCCCUGCGCAUCCCCCCUGGAGACGCAGCAGUGGCUGCUCCGCCGCCGCUUCUCCGCCUGCGCCCGCGUCUUCGCCAACUUCAGCGGCGCGGAUCUCCUGAAGCUCUCCCGCCGGGACCUGAUCCAGAUCUGCGGAGCCCCCGACGGGAUCCGCCUCUGCCACGCCCUGGCGGGCAGGUGCCCGCGGCCCCGGCUGACCCUGUACGUGGCGCGGGAGCCCGGCGGGGCUGAGAGUGCGGAGGAUGCGGGAUCAGGGCUGUACCAGGAGCUGCACCUGGAGCAGCUGACGGUGUCCGAGCUCACCGGGAAGUUGGCGGAGCUGCUGGGGCUGCCCCCGGGGCAGAUCCUGCGGCUCUCCCGGCAGGGACCCGCCGGCAUCCACGUCCUCGUCAGCGACGCGAUGAUCAGGAACCUCCAGGACGAGACGAGUUUCGUGGUGGCGAUCGGCAAAGGUACCGCGGUGGCCGCGGGCGGGCGGGGCCGGCCAGGGGGACAUCGGUGGCCCCGGCUGAGCCGCGUCCCCUCCCCGCAGCCCCCGGCCCCGAGGGCUUCCAGCUGCUGCUGCGGUAGGAGCCGGCCCCUGGCAAGGGACGGAGAGAGGAGCCCGGGGCUGGCGCAGCCCCCCGAGCCCGCCCGAGGGGACGGGACCCGUCCUGUCCCCCCCGUCCUUCUCCGUGUUUGCAUUAAAGGACCGCGGGAGCGGCCCCGAGCACGGCCUCGUCCCUGCGGCACCCGCGGGGGUUUGGGGUGCCCAGGGUGGAUUUGGGGUGCGGGGACAGUCGCUCGUCCCCAGCAGGGGACACCCGGCUCAGGCCGGUCGGGACGGGGCUGUUCAAACACCGGAUCCUGCCCGGAGCCCCCUCGGGCAGAGGCGGCGGAGCGGGACCGGGACGUCCUUGGGAGAGAAUUCCUGGGGCAAAGAACGGCUUUGGGAUAAACAGAGCGGGGAGGACCGGGAGGAGCUGGGACAGCCCCGGAGCGGAGCUGCCAUCACAGACACGGGGACGAGGGGAGGACACGGGGCCCUGGACCCAUCGCUGGAGGGGACAAGGGAACAUCUGAGACCCUCCCAAAACCACUCCAUGGGGAUCCAGAGUGCCACCAGCCCUUUCCCGACUGUCCCCUCUGUCCCCACAGACACCAGGGCCACCUUAACCCCGUUACAUUCCCUCCCAGCUCACGGCACUGUCACACCCGCAGUGCCAAGACAAGCCCAGACCAGACAUUUCAAGGACAUUUUCCAGCUCUCUCUGUCCCCAGGCCAGGGGAGGGGUCCAGCUCCUGUGUCCAGCCCCUCGGACCGGGCAGACCCCCGAGUUAAAACGUGUCAAAGCCCCCGAGGGAAGGGGCCAGGGCUGGGAUUGCACAGAGGAGGGGGCUCACCCCGGGGUCGCAGCCCUUGGGGACCCCCGGGUGGGCUCAGCUGCACCUCUGGGGACAGAGAUGAAGCACAAAGAGCCCCGAGUGUGGCACUGCUGGCCCAGGGUGACAUUCCCAGCCUGGGACAGGGAUGGGUGGGAGUAGGGGAUGGAUUUCCCCCAUCCCUUAAAAAAUCAGCUCCAGAUUUCCGUGUGAGGUCAGUCAGAGCCUCGGGGCAGGGACAGGGACCAGGAGGUGAUGGGACACUGGUGGCACUCCAGGAUGGGUCCUUGCAGGGACAGGGGAGAACAAAGGGCUGGGAGGGAAUGGACUGAGCUGGAAUUGAGGAGGAAAAGCAGCUUCUCCUGGAUUUUCUCCAUAGUUUUGGCCCCACAUCCCCCAGGCUGCAGCACAGGAGCCUCGGCGAGGCUUUGGCACAGAGGGAGGGCAGAAAGCUUGACCUGGAUGCCAGAAAAGAAAGCAAAAAGGAACAAACCCCCCCAAAACACCCCCAGGCCCAUCAAACACACAAACCUUCACCAGAAAAAGCCAAAAUGUUUUAGGAUAUUUUCCAGGACGCUGUAGCCAAGAACCUUAUACUGAUCCCAACCCACCCUAUCUUGCAAAAAAGCCCCAAAAUUACCCCAAAACCCACAGCAGCAGCAGCCAGCCAUGAACAACAGAGAGACAACCAAACAGAAAUACAAAAAGUCAAUUACAGAGAUGUGAAAAAACAGGAAUUUGUUGGUUGGAAACAAGCCCUGUGACAGCACUUCCCACCUGCCCCAUCCUCACCCUGCCACAGAACUGGGACAGAAGGUGCUGCAGCCUCUCCAAGGCCCAGGAAAUUCUCUUUUUUGGGUUCCACUGGAUCUGCUCAGGAUCUGCUCACUGGAUCCUCCUGCUGGAGGACCUUCUGCCCCAGAAGGUCCCAGGCUGUUCCCUGGAGAGGUCCCUGCUCCUGUUGGGAGCCCAGGGGCAGCAGGAAGGUUCUGGAAGGCAGAUCCAGGCUCCAGCAAUCUCUGCUGGGAGGUGGGGUCAGCCCAGCCUCUGCUCCACGGCUGGGGGACACAGCCAGGGAGGAUUCCAAGGACAGGGAACAGCUCAGGGGUGAAGCUGAAGGAGCUGCCCCAGCCGAGGCUGGAGAAGGGAUCUGGCUUGGAAAGGGGAUGGGAUCCUCAGCCAGGGCUGGCUCUGUGCUGGAGCUGUCCCAGAGCCCCCCGAGAAAGCCCAGGGUGGAGCAAUCCCUCCAAAUUCUGGGCACUGAGCCCCAGAUCCCAGCCAGGAAGAUCCCAGGAAAAGGAGAGGGCUCGGAGCAUCCCGGGCUGGGGAAGGAGUCCUGGAUGAGCUCCGAGGUCCUUCCACCCCAAAACCCACCCCUGACUCCAUGCAAACACCCAGAGCUCCCCCUCAGGAGCUGCCCCAUGCAGGAGGUGGGUUUUGCUCCACCCAGUGACUCCCCCAGCGAGACACAGCUUGGAAAAUGGUGUUUAUUGGUAUUUAUAAAUAUAAACAUCAGGAAGAGUCCAUUUGAAGACGGAUAAUUGACUUAAAAGGACACUGUCAAGAAGUUUGAGCUACCUUAAUGCUGUCACCCUGGUCUGCAAACAGAAAAUAAAUUGCUUUGGGUUCUGUGUUCAGGAGUUUUGCAGGAAAACUCUGCUCUGUUACAAAGGGAUCAGCCAGCCAAAACCCCGCUCUUCGCUCUCCCCUGCCACAGUAGGAACUAAACAAAAGGGGUUUGUUUUUUUUAUUUUCCCAGAGUUGUGCAAAUCCUGUGAUUGCUGGGUGACCCCUCGCCCGUCCAGUCUGUCACCACCAUCUUCUGCCACCCUGACACCUGGAGAAAGUUCUGGAAAUGAAGGCGCCCGAGGAGAGGGGGAGAAUCCACAGCGCUAAAGAGGAUUUGAAUAAAUAUAAGGGAUUAAAAGCCAUCUACAGGAGGGCAUUGACAGUAUCCUUUUAACCACAGCAGCCUGGAGCUGCUCCCAGCAGGGUGAGCACAGACUGGGGGAGAUGAAGGGGAGCAGCUCCAGGGGCACCUGGGACCCUCCUGCUGGGAACAGCUCACUGUCCUUGGAAUUCCUGGUGGGAAAAUCCCCCUGCCCAGCCCCUAAAGCAGCCACUCCUGGUGCUGCAGCUGCUCCUUCCCCACCAGGAGGUUCCUCAGCACCCAGGGGAGCCGAAGCCCUCGGUGCAGGGAGGCUCCAGCCCCGAGCUCCCCGCACGGACAGCGGGAACGACGGACACGGACCCACGGACCUGCCCAGCCCUGCCCCCUUCGACCCUUGGGAUCUGCCCAGCAGUUCCACCCUGGAAUUUCAUCAGUCUGGGCUCCCCUGGAGCCUGAAACACCCCAAAAAAGCAGCCCCCAACCCCCCCACCCCUCCCCCAGAGCUGGGCCUGGCACACCCAAAGCCCAUCCAGGGCUCCCUGCAGGGCACCACACUUACCUGGGCAGGUGGGGAGGGCAGGGAGUGAGGGAGGAUCCCAGCCCUGCUCCAUCAGGGAAUCCUUAAUUCUUCAUCAGGGCAACAAGCAAAAAGCUCUACUUGGCUUUUCCUUGGGGGAGGGAUGGAGGGAAAGGACAGGAGGAGGGAACUCACAGUCCUUGGGACACGGACUGGAACUUUCUCCCUGUGCUGAGAAUUACAGAUUUGUACAGAUAUUCUUCCCUAUCCUUGUCAUUGGGAUAAAACCUGGAUUUGGGAUAAGUUUGGACACUCAAUCUCUGAUCACACAGCCUGGGGUGCAGCUCCCUGUGCUCCUUUAAAAUCUUCCUGACAGCUCAUCACAGUCUCAGGCUUCUCCUGGGAAAAAAAUUCCUUAUGGAUUUGUGGCUUUGGGCUGGGAAAUCUCAAGAAAUGACUGAAUUUGGGAAAAAAAAAAAAAAAAAAAAAGGAAAAA